GGAGCUUGAUUGAACGAUUUGUAGCCAUUAUUAUUUUGUAAGGUUUUCAAUAUUUACAGAUUUCUUGAUCCAUCUUCGAUUCGCAAAAUCCCUUACAAGAGUUGGUAAUUGUGGAACUAUGGUGAAGGACACAGAAUAUUACGACAUUUUGGGAGUCAGUGCCGAUGCUUCUUCAUCUGAUAUUAAAAAGGCUUACUAUGUCAAAGCAAGGAAAGUUCACCCUGAUAAAAAUCCCGGGGAUCCAAAAGCUGCAAAUAACUUUCAGGUGCUUGGAGAGGCUUAUCAGGUUCUAAGUGAUCCUGAGAAGCGUGAAGCGUAUGACAAAAAUGGAAAGUCAGGAGUACCAGAUGACUCGAUGGUGGAUCCAGCAGCUGUGUUUGGCAUGCUCUUUGGUAGUGAUUUGUUCGAGGAUUAUAUUGGGGAACUUUAUAUGGCUUCCAUACAGUCUGUAGAACUUGAAGAGGAGGGACAGGUUCCUGAAAUUCGCAAGAUGAAAGUCCAAGAGAGGAUGAGGGCAUUACAAAAGGAGAGGGAACUGAAGCUUAUAACAACUUUGAAGAAUCGCCUUCGGCCAUUUGUUGAAGGCAAAACAUCUGAAUUUGUAACAUGGGCAACAUCAGAAGCUCGCGAGCUCUCACAAGCAGCUUUUGGUGAGGCUAUGCUACAUACUAUUGGCUAUAUUUAUGCAAGGCAAGCUGCAAGAGAACUAGGAAAGGAUAAGCGUUAUAUGAAGGUCCCAUUUUUGGCUGAAUGGGUAAGGGAUAAAGGACACCAAGUGAAAUCACAAGUUUCGGCUGCUUCAGGGGCUGUGUCUUUAAUACAAAUACAGGAGGAGCUGAAGAAGCUGAAUGUAACAGAAGGUAAGGAAGAACAGAUAGUGAAAGCUCUUGAAGAAAAAAAAGAUGCAAUGGUUAAUUCUCUGUGGCAGAUCAAUGUUGUAGAUAUUGAGACAACGUUAUCCCGUGUCUGCCAAGCGGUGCUCAAAGAUCCUACUGUUUCGAAAGAGGAGCUCAAGCAACGGGCUAUUGGAAUGAAGAAGCUUGGAACCAUAUUCCAAGGAGCCAAGACAAAUUAUCGCAGAGACCACAGUUUACGCCAGGAAGGCACUGAUGUAAAAACUGCUUCUACAUCCAAAUAACAUGGUCGAGAUUCUAUAUUAUUCUGUAAGGAUGUCCACUUUUUUAUCUGCAAAAUUCUAUACCAUCAAACAUGCGAUAUCUAUUUGUCAGUUAGAUUAGGUUAAGUAUUGUAAGCGUUAUGUUGUUGUUGCCCGAACUUCGUAAUAUUUUUUAGAAAGAAAUUUAACAACAAAAAAGAAUUUGAUUGCUUA